GCAUGUGACCCAGCCAGUCAGCAGUGUUUGUUCUGUUUUGUAGGCAAGCAUUAGUGAUGGUUAUCAACAAAGUGUGGAAUGUUCUACAGGAGAGCAUUACUUAGCAGUUUAAACCGGUUAGGUCGAAGACGACAAACAGCUGGUUUACCAUAUAAAGUAAGAGGUGCUAAACGAAUGGCGUACAUAACUAAAGACGAAAGGGAGCGUGGUGGUCUUGUGAAACACACCGGAGGUUGCCACUGUGGCGCUGUGCGUUUUGAACUGUGGAGCGCUCCGCAUUUACACGUGUUCAAUUGCAACAGGACCUUGCAGUGUCAUCUGGGUCAUUCGAAGAAAUGGGUGUAUUUUAAAGCCUUAAAUCAUUCUGUUAGGCAAAGAAUGUCUUUAAAUCUUAAUGCCAUCAGUUGUUGCCAACAAUGUCAUAGCACUACAAGUUGCAGUAUUUGCACAAAGAAACAGAAUUGCCACUUCAUUGUGCCAAAAUCCCAGUUCACCUUGCUGCAGGGCGCAGACAACAUAACCACAUACACAUUUAACACACGCAUGGCCAAGCACACAUUCUGCAAAAUGUGUGGCGUCCAGAGUUUCUACACUCCACGUUCCAACCCUGAUGGGUUUGGUGUGGCACCUCAUUGUUUGGACCCUGGAACAGUGAGCAGUGUCACUGUAGAAGAUUUCUGUGGGCAGAACUGGGAAGAAAGUAUGCAGAAGCAUCAAACUAUAAGAAGUAUGUCAAAACCAACAACGGACACAUAACUCACUUUUUCCAUUGGCCAAUUAAGCCCUAAGAUUAAAUUGUACUCUCCUGCUUCUUAAGGCAUUUUUUAUCAAUAUAUUAGUGACAACAUGAAUAGACCUUGGGGUUUUGUGCCUUUUGUUUAUUACCUUUGAGGCCUCAUACUGUAUAUGCCAGUGUACUCCUAAUUGUUGAAAAAAAUUGACUCUUAUAUGUAUACAUUUAUAGUAAAAAUGUAUCUUCUGAGAAAAUGGACCAAAAUGGAUGUAACGUCUUGUAUACACAGCACAGGUACAGAUUUUUUUUGAAACAGCUUUUUAUAGCUGCACUGUCUAGAAUGAAAACAUCAUCUCCCCCUAAAUGAUAGGGAAAACUGUAGGGAUUUUAAGAUGAAGAGGGGAUGGUAUCUUUUGUAUGUACUACCCCGACUACCUUGUUUCCUCAAGUAAUGUAUCAACAGAGCACAUCAUAUGAAAAAAUGUUAGCAAAAUUGAAUGGAAAUCAUAGUAACAUAGACGUUUGGGAGAACUUGAUGAAGCUUGUUAAAUGAUAUAAUACCCAUUUGUAUUGUUUUAACAUCUGUUUGUAUCGAGGAUGUCAGGU